AUGCCUACAAUCAACAAAAAGCUCUUACUCAACACCACCGCCGUCAGCGUCGGCUGCGGUGGCGGCUGCCGGAGAUUCAACCUCUCCAAGAUCUUCAACCCAAAACCCAACAAAUACAAACGAAACCACACCCACUACUACCCCGACAACCACCGCCGUCACCACAACCACCACCACUCCUCCACCUCCACCUCAUGGAACACCACCCCAACAACCACCACCACCACGCCAACCGCAACCUUAUUCUCACCCAACACCUCAGAGUCGACGCUGGACGAGUCUGAAGUUAGCUUGAGAGCGGUUCAAGGGUUUGGGAAGAUCGGCGGCAACAGUCUGGCGGUGGAGAAAGAUUCCGACGACCCGUAUGUCGAUUUCAGAGAUUCAAUGCUGCAGAUGAUAAUGGAGAAAGAGAUAUACGGAAGAGAAGAUCUUAGGGAGCUUCUCAACUGUUUCUUGCAGCUUAAUUCACCAUAUUACCAUGGAAUCAUCAUCAGAGCUUUCACUGAAAUCUGGAACAAUGUUUUGGCUUCGAAGCUCAUGCAUGGGGAACGAUCCAUGUACAUGUGA